CGUCAGUCUUUGAUAGCUUCUCGAAAUGAUAAGAUCUUGAAAGUGUUGUGAUUAUAUAUAAAUUUAAAUAUUACAUAAAUAGUGAUAAAUCAGAUUUAUUACACCUAAUUUUUAUAAAAGUUGUUUAUUUGAAUAACAAAACUUGUGGCAUACAACCUUAAUAUGCAAGAUUUCUAAAGUAAAAACAUGGCAUGUCUAAAAAUGCUACUAAGUGGCAGUUUAAUGAUCAUCAUCACGACAACUCUUAUUACUGCCAAUUCAAUACUGGAAUAUUAUCCACGUCAUUAUGAUAUCAAGCUCAAGGCAUAUAUUAACAAUAUUAAAUUCUACAGUGAAUGCAAUAUUACUAUGGAUAUUUAUUCGGAGACACAGAUAAUAAAUUUAUAUGCGGAAAAUUUAUGCAUAAUUGAUAUAAAUUUAAUUCAACCGUUAGAAGGAUUUGAUAAAGAUGAUAAAAAAAUUAAAAUUAUUAAAUCAAAUUAUUCAUAUAAUAAUGAAACGCAUAUUAUCAGCAUUUAUUCCACGGAAGUGUUACAGGAGAAAUGUAUUAUAAAUGUGAAAUAUAAAGCUGCUCUACAUAAUUACAAUGAAAUUAAAACUUUUAGUAGAAGCCGUAAAAAUUCAGUAUAUGAGACGUGGCUGCCUGAAGUAUGCUUAUGGAAUUCUCACAUGCAAAAAACACUUCCAUGUUGGGAUAAUAUGCAAUUUUUAAGCACAUUUAAAAUUUCUAUACUGCACCAUAAAAAAUUCCAGACUUUAUCGAAUAUGGCAAGGGAAGAAGAGAAAGCAGACGAAAACGGCAUGAUGUGGACACAUUUUGAUAGCACACCUAAAACAUACAUUUAUUUGGUUGUGGUAGUUAUAGGUGAGAGACAUAUACGACAGUUUCACCUACCGCUACCGCAGUUUCACCUACUAUAUAGAGUUCAAGACGACAUGAUAGAGGAUAACGUGACAUUAUAUUAUCAAAAUGUCGUAUUAUGGUCUAGAGCAAUCUAUCAGUAUGAUUUGUGGACUGCACAAGAUGUCAUGAAAAUUAUCAUACCGUUUAUACACGAAAAAUGGAAAAUUUUAAGAAAAAUUUGGAAAAUAGAUAAUAUCGUAAUUCCACAUUACGCGGAUAAUGACGUAGUAAAUAUAGGACUUAUUAUGUAUAGAGAAUCAGAUAUUAUGUAUAAUAUGCAUGCUGAUUCAGUUGUGCGUAAAGUCGAAGUAGCGCGCUUAAUAGGAUAUAAAAUAACAGAAGAAAUGUCUCUUCAUUUUCAAAUAUGUUCUCUUAGUCCGUGGUUGCAUAAAGCUUUGGCCACAUUUAUGGGAGCAUAUGUGGCUGAUAAGGCUCUUCCACAAACUCGAAUGAUAGAUUUAUUUGUCAUUCAUACUCAACAUGAAAUUUUACGCUGGGAUUUUUUUCAGUUUUCUAUGUCACAUGCCGCCAUUUCUGAAGUAAGCUCUUAUUACAAAGGAUCCGUUAUAUUGCGUAUGCUGCUACAUGCUUUUACCGAAGAAUUAUUUUGGAAACAUAUAAUUCAGGAAAACAUAUUAUGCGUAUAUGAGGAGGCUUUGAAAACUGCUUACAUUAAUACACAGAAAUGGAAUUUACUCGUACGAACGCAAGAAAAAUUUGAUGCCAUAGAUAGUGUAGAGCAAUUGAAAAGUUGGCUAAAUCAUAAAUAUUAUCCUAUUAUAAACGUGACACGAAAAUAUGAUCAAUCGCAGUUUACAAUCGAGGAUGUAACAAUAGAAAUUGUCAAUAUAACAAAAAAUUUGAUUAUACCUUUGACUUACACUACGCAGAUACAAUUAAAUUUUAAUAAUACUUCACCUAACAUUUGGUUGAAGCAAGUCUACCAAGAAUCAUAUGAUAACCAAUCCAAUAAUAUCCAACAUAUUCAGAAGAUUAAAAAUCUUACAAACGAUCAAUGGAUAAUAUUUAAUUUACAGCAAACUGGAUAUUAUCGCGUAAAUUAUGAUAAAGAGAAUUGGAAAUUAAUUUCACGUUAUUUAAAAUCUAAGAAUUACAUAAAUAUACACGUUCUCAAUCGUGCUCAAAUUAUCGAUGAUGCUUUUCACUUAAUGCUGGCACAGCAAAUCGAACCUUCCCUAUUCUGGGAUAUCGUGACUUAUUUAGAGCAAGAGACAGAUUAUGUGGCCUGGUAUCCUAUGUUCAAAGCUCUAGAAUACAUGUCGCGCGUUUUUACUAUUGAUACCUAUGGUAAAAACAUUUAUGUGAGGGUAAAGAUGCUAAGUAUAUUACAUUUUACAAUGAAAGAAAUUAGAUACACAGAAUUUUCUUACGAUGCCGAUGAUGAUCAUAAAAAAAGUUUAAGACAAGAAGCUGUAAAAUGGUCAUGUGUAUUAGGUGACAGAGAUUGUAUAAAAGAUGCCAAUAAUAAAUUAAGGCAAAAUUUUCUCUAUGCUUGGAGACAGCAUAUAGUUUUGCCAUGGUGGAAAGCAUGGACGUACUGUUAUGGUUUGUAUUCGGCUAAGAAAGAUCCUUAUUAUGAAGAUGAUCUUUGGAAAAACAUGUUUCUUAUUUGGGUGAGAGGCAAUGAUCAUAAAAUUUCUAACUCCUUGACUUGCAUCCAAAAUAUUCCUAUCAUCAAAUCUCAUUUAAAAGACUUAAGAAAUAUGAUUAUGACUCGGAGUUCGGAAAAUCAUAUUUUAAGAUUGUCCUUUAUUAACGAUUUUUUUUCUAUGCUUGCAAGACAUAUGAGAAAAAAUGUUAUACGUAGAUACGUAUUCAAGAAUUACCUGGAAAUAAUACCCAGACGAAUCAGCACAGUUGCAACAUUAACUGUUAUUAUUAAUCAUUUAUAUGAAGACAAACAUCUUACUGAGUUAGAAAAUUUCGUGUUGGAAGAUUUGAACAGAGAGAAGGAUGAUAUAACGAAGAAGAUACUAUAUUUUACAUAUAGCUCAAAAAUAUUGUCCCAUAUAAAUAAGCAAUACACAACAAAUAUAUUAAAAAUUCGGAAUAAGAUAAAAAUUCGUCGCAUACAAAUCAAAAAUCACCAUAAUUUUGUGCAGGCUUUUCUUCUUAAAAUUAAUAAAAACUAAAAAAGUAGAGCACAGACACUUGUGUAAUAACAUGGGCGUGCACGUAUCUAUCUGAUUUAUAAACGUUUUCUACAUAGCUUUUAUUUAUUUUUAUUUAUGUUAUUGAUUAUUUAUUAUUAUAUUAUUAUUAUUAUUAAGAAAACGUAUUAAUGAUGCACUUACAUUUACAAAAACACUUUACAAAAUGUAACGCAUUUCCUUAUAAACAAAAAAGCAUUUAAAUCAUAUAGCUACUUGCACAAACAAAAAAUCAUAUUUCUUAAAUUUUAGAGUCAAAAAUUUUUACAGAAAACAAACAUGUGUCAUUAGUACACUCAAGGACGUAUUGAUUAUGAAUUUU